ACCAACCAACCAACCAACCAACCCACCCCCCCCCCACACACACACACACGCACACGCACACAUCGAGGAUGGCGUUUGUGUUUGGCUCGAGCGGCCCGAAGACCGAGGUGGCGAAGGAUGCGGCGAUCGCAGACCUGUUUGCCGCACCCGAUCCGUUUGUGAUGCCGCCAGCCAAGGAGGAGACAGAUGACGAGGAGGAGGACGAUGAGGACGAGGAAGGCGGCAGCGGUGACGCUGGUGCAGAUGGAGAGCAGGGGAGCGAGGGCGAGGAUGAGGAAGGUGGAGAGGGUGAGGAGGGUGGCGAUGGUGCAGCCAACAAAUCAAAGAAGAGCAAGAAGAGCAAGAAAGAUCAAAAGGACAAGACAGCAGACACAGCCGAGGCCACAACAGGACGAAUGAGUGCAGAGGAGAAGGAAGAGAGGAAUAAGCGCACCAUCUUCGUCGGCAACCUGCCCAUCAACACAAAGCCAAAGGCGUUGAAGAAGCUGUUCAGCCAGUUUGGCAAGAUCGAGUCAUGCCGAUUCCGAACGACGAACCUGAUGGCACACAAGGGCGGAGCCAAGGCCGCCGUUCUCCUGCGGCGCAAAGUUGGCGGGGAGGAGAACUCGGUCAACGCGUAUGUCGUCUUUGCAGAGGACGCAAUGGCACGCGCUGCACUCAAGUGCAAUGGGAUGGUGUUCAACGAGCGGCAUCUGCGUGUGGAUAUGGCCGGGUCCAACACAAGGCUCCCGCCAACAAAGACCGUCUUUGUCGGCAACCUCCCCUUUGACGUGACGGAAGAGGAGCUGUACGCGGCGUUUGAUGAGGCCGGCACCGUCGCCGGCGUCCGUGUGAUCCGUGAUAAGGUGCUGCGUGUUGGCAAAGGGUUUGCGUAUGUGUCGUUUGCGCUUGAGGAGAGCGUAUCCCUUGCGCUCCUGCUUGACGGAAAGAAACUCCGAACGCGCGAGAUGCGCGUGCAGCGAUGUGCACGCGGCCGUGGCGGCACUGACGGUGGCAAGGGUGGCGAUGACAGCAGCAAGGAGAGCAAGGGGAGCAAGGAGAGCAAGGGGAGCAAGGGGGCGAAAGGGAAGCGAAGGGCACAGGAGGCCGAUGGUGAUGAUGAUGGUGAUGGUGAUGGUGGCCGUGAUGUCAACCCAGAGGAUCUCCCGCCGGGUGCACUGCGCCGACUUGCAGCGAAGAGGAGCAAGGCAGACCGCAACGCAAAGAAGCGAGCAGGCGGGCCUGGCGGGAAGCGGGCGAAGGUCGUUGUGCUGGACCACCGCGGGAAAAAGCCGCGACACGCACCAAGGCCUGGUGCGCCGCGACGGCCGUCAUAUCAGGGGCUGGUGGCGUCGGAGAAGUUUGCGCCGGCGACGAGCAUGAAACGACGCAAGGCCAACAGCAGCCGCAGCAAGGGCCCGAACCCGCACGCCAAGAAGCCCAAGAAGACAGAGGCGCAGAAGGCAAGGAAGGCACGCAAGGUGGCCAAGCGACAGGACAAGAUUAUGCGCAGCAAGGCCGCCCAACAAGCUUAG